GUCAAGUGAUAAGACUCGCAAAGGCGGGGUUUUAAAUGAAUCUAAUGCGAUGCAAGAGUGGAUCAUUAUGUUGAAUCAGUAAUUUAGACGACCAUUAUCGACAUGAUUAUAGUUAUGGGUUGAUUCCAGUGCCUCUUCCACGGCCCUUAUCUGGGAAUGAUUUCGCCGAUGAUAGUGAGAGGACCAUCCGGACCGUGAAUCCUGACUGAUAGACAUAGAUGGACUUAUCAACGCCAAGCGGUUUGCUUCUUUCUCGCAAGAUGGACAACCUUGGACGCUCUUCCACUCUGUACGACCUUUCCUUCUAUUGGUGAGCGUUGGACCGGUGUCUGGGCGAACGGGAUGGCUGCUAGCAACCCGGACUGUCCUCAUGCCGACUUCAUUUAGAGUUUUUGAAGAAGGAAGAUGUACGAGUAUGAGACAGUCAGAUUAGUCUGAUUGUGGUAUAAAGAGGCCUGAAGAAAGCUACUGUGAAAUAAGCCCUCCACUGUUCUGCAUCAAGCUGCCAUACCCACGAUGUUGACCAACUUCAAAAGCUAUCUGAAGGGUCAAGAGUCGAGGCCUGGGGAGGCUAAGCUGCUGCGAAAGCUGGACUUCUUCAUCCUUUCAUUCUGUUGUUUGACGUAUUUUUUCAAUUAUCUAGAUCGCUCCAACCUAUCCAAUGCGUAUGUGUCGGGAAUGAAGGAAGAACUCAACUUCCAGGGAAAUCAACUCAAUGUUAUCAACACUGUUUUCACUGUCGGGUAUAUCCUAGGCCAAAUCCCCUCCAACUUAGCACUGACCUAUAUUGCUCCGCGCAUUUUCUUCCCCGUCAUGAUUGUGUUUUGGGGUGGUCUUACCAUGAUCACAGCUGCCGUCCACAACCCUCAGGGCAUCAUGGCUAUCCGGUUUUUCUUAGGAUUGGCGGAAUCCAGUACCUUCGUCGGAACCCACUACAUUCUCGGGGCCUGGUAUACGGAGAAAGAGCUGGGUAAGAGGAGUGGCAUCUUCACUGCCUCUGGCCUUGCCGGUACUAUGUUCGGGGGCUUCAUCCAGUCCGGCAUCCAUUCAUCGCUCGAUGGAGCGCGUGGACUGUCCGGUUGGCGAUGGCUGUUUAUCAUCGAUGGACUGAUCACCCUUCCCAUCGCACUCUAUGGACUGUUUUUGUUCCCUGAUACUCCUUCCACCACCCGAGCGCCAUAUCUCUCAGCCUCCGAGCGUGCCCUAGCUAUCUCCCGCAUGCCUGAAGCCAACCCAGUGAGGGCACGCUUGAACCUAGCCUUUGCUAAGAAGGUAUUCGGCACCUGGUACUGGUAUGGCUUCGUCAUGCUCUGGAUCAUCGCCGGAGAAACUGAAUCCUUCUCAACCAACUCCCUUCUCGCACUCUACAUGAAAUCACAUCCGACUAAUAAGUACGCCGUUUCGCAGCUGAACAAUUACCCAUCGGGUGUUCCAGCCGUUGGUAUUGUGUCCACCUUAUUUUGGGCCACAUUGACCGACUUCAUGGGUGGGAAACGCUACUUGGUUGGAUUCUUCAUUGGGAUCACUGGCAUCGUCACGUCGGCCCUUAUAUUAGCUCAAUUCUCGUCUACCGCUACGGUCUUUGGAGCUUAUUAUUGGGCUGGUGCGGUAUAUGCCUGUCAAGCUACAUUCUUCGCAUGGUGCAAUGAUGUUAUGCGGUAUCAAGAUGAUCGGUUGCGCUCAGUGGUGAUCGCUAGUAUGAAUCUAGGGAGCAAUGCUGUUAACGCUUGGUGGAGUAUUCUGUUCUACUCUGCUACAUUUGCUCCCCGGUUUACCAAGGGUAUGUGGGCCAUGAUCGGAUGUUCGAUCGCUCUGAUGCUUUGGACGAGUGGUAUCAUAUAUAUGACAGCGAAAGAGCAACGGGAAGGACUGGAUGGCGUUGAGCAGAGAGAAGAGGAAAUGGUCGAGGGGUCAAUUUAUAAGGUGAAAGAGUGAAGUAGAGUAUGUUUAUUGACAUUGAUAUAUAUAGUCAUUGUGUUGUGUUGAGUAGUCAGCGUUAUUUGUCACCUCAGGCAAUAAAUGAUACCUUAUCGGCGCAUUCCGAUAAGCAACUAAACG